ACAAAGAAAAACGAGUGAAUGAUAUGAAUACAAUACAAGGUCGCGUGGCGUGGAAAACAUGAGUGUGCAGCUGUUGUGCCUGCUAUGGUGGCUAGGUCAAAGUCGCAGGCAGGUCGCAAGUGGCAAGCAUGAGAGCCAGGUCUUGUGGCCGCCAACCACCGUGGCUGCAAAUACUAUAUGCCAACCACCCCACGACCAUCUCCUCCUCUCUUUCUUCCUCUUCUCUUCCUCCGCUGCUGUGAUUGCCAUUUCACAAAAUCUGUGUUGUGCUCCCCACGCGCCUCCCCUCUCUUCCUCUUCGGCUCCGAAUCCCUAGCAGAGGUCGGUUUGUGGUGAUAUUCAUAUGGAUCCCUUUUCCCGUAGAGCUUUCGGUGAACCCCUGUGCUUGGAAGAGAACACUGUCCAACAUGGAAUUGAAAGAUGCCCAUUCCUAAGGAACAUCAAUGAGCCCACGAGUUUUUCAUUCUCCUCCGUUAACUUUCCUAUUCCUGCAAGAGGAGUUAAGGGUCCAAUUUUUGAAGAUGGGCCCAAUUUUGACAUGGCAUUCCGAGUUUUCCAUGGCCAAGACGGAGUUGUACCACUUUCAGAGGGAUCGUUUGCAAAGAUUGAGACGCCAUUGCCAAAGCCCAAUCCUGAAUUUAAUCCCUUGGCUGCUAAAGCCGCUACCAUCAGUCUAUCUGCAUUUGGAGGGUUUUUCAGCUUUGGUGAUUUUUCAAGCAAGCGCAAUAAGAAGAACAGUAACCAAAAGAAGCCCAACAACCUUCCCCAGAACAAAGGUCAGCCUAAUAACCAUGAAGCACUGAGCAAUGAGUGGCUGGAAAUGGGUCAAUGCCCCCUGGCGAAGUCAUACAGGGCAUUAAGUGGUGUUGUGCCCCUCGUCGCAAAGAUGAUGACACCCCCGGCUGGCAUGAAACUGAGAUGUCCACCUGCGGUAGUUGCUGCCCGUGCAGCACUAUCACGCACAGCCUUCGCGAAGGGGCUUCGUCCUCAACCCCUGCCAACGAAAAUACUGGUGAUUGCGUUGCUUGGUAUGGCAGCAAACGUUCCCCUUGGCAUCUGGAGGGAGCAUACAGAGAAAUUCUCAGUGCAGUGGUUUGCUGCAGUCCAUGCGGCAGUACCUUUCAUAGGCAUGCUCAGGAAGUCUGUGUUGAUGCCCAAGACAGCCAUGGUCCUUACCAUAGCUGCCUCAAUAUUGGGCCAAACAAUUGGUUCGAGAGCGGAACGUAUCAGAUUGAAGAGGGCAGCGGCAAAGGCAGCAGCUGAGGGCCAGGGUGAUACUAGUACCGGAAUGAGACUGAAAACCGGGAGAUACACUGACGUCCCGUUCUGGGAUCCACUCGCUCUCAGAGUCGAGAGUAGCAUAGGUGCAGGAUCUCCGGUUCUUGUCCCAACCGUAGGCGCCUUCCAUUGAUGAUGUGCCUUGGUGAAUUAUUUGGUUUUAUUUCUUCGACUGACUGAUCAUGUUGUAUUCAUUGUGUUGUGCCU